UGCGCGGGCGCGGUUACGGUGCGGAGCGGUGGUGCAUAGCCCUCCGGGAAGUGCAGCUCGCCUGGCAACUCCUGGCGACGCCGAGCCGCAGCUGCUGUGAGGACUGAAGAAUUUGUACUGUCAGGCGAGGAGCAAGCCGUGCAAGGUGCCUCUGGAAGAACUGCCAUGUCUGGGAAUACUUCAUCUUCCGCAGAAAACAGAAGCAGCAGCAACUGUAAACCUCAAGCCACAAACCUUCGGAAGGCGGGGAAGAAAUGCUCAUGGGCUUCUUACAUGACCAACUCCCCAACUCUCAUCGUUAUGAUCGGUUUGCCAGCCCGGGGUAAAACUUACGUGUCCAAGAAGUUAACACGCUACCUCAACUGGAUUGGGGUACCCACCAAAGUGUUUAAUCUUGGGGUGUAUCGGCGUGAAGCAGUCAAGUCCUACAAGUCUUACGAUUUCUUUCGUCAUGACAACGAGGAAGCUAUGAAGAUUCGCAAACAGUGUGCUCUGGUAGCGCUGGAAGAUGUUAAGGCUUAUUUUACUGAAGAGAGUGGGCAGAUUGCGGUGUUUGAUGCUACCAAUACCACUCGGGAGAGGAGGGACAUGAUUUUGAACUUUGCGGAGCAGAAUGCCUUCAAGGUAUUCUUUGUGGAAUCUGUCUGUGAUGAUCCCGAUGUCAUUGCUGCCAAUAUUCUGGAGGUAAAGGUGUCAAGCCCCGACUACCCCGAAAGAAAUAGGGAGAAUGUGAUGGAGGACUUCCUGAAGAGAAUUGAGUGCUACAAAGUCACUUACCAGCCCCUUGACCCGGACCACUAUGAUAAGGAUCUGUCUUUCAUCAAGGUGAUAAACGUAGGCCAGAGAUUUCUGGUCAACAGAGUCCAGGACUACAUCCAAAGUAAAAUUGUCUACUACCUUAUGAAUAUCCAUGUCCAGCCUCGAACCAUCUACCUUUGCCGACAUGGAGAGAGCGACUUCAAUCUUUUGGGAAAGAUUGGGGGUGACUCUGGCCUUUCACUCCGAGGAAAGCAGUUCUCUCAGGCUCUGAAGAAGUUUCUGGAGGAACAGGAGAUCCAGGACCUCAAAGUGUGGACGAGCCAGUUGAAGAGGACUAUCCAGACCGCUGAGUCCCUCGGGGUGACCUAUGAACAGUGGAAGAUCCUAAAUGAGAUUGAUGCUGGCGUGUGUGAGGAGAUGACUUAUUCAGAGAUUGAGAAACGGUACCCUGAGGAGUUUGCUCUUCGAGAUCAAGAGAAGUACCUGUAUCGCUACCCUGGUGGGGAGUCAUACCAGGACCUGGUGCAGCGCCUGGAGCCUGUCAUCAUGGAGCUGGAGCGUCAGGGCAACAUCCUGGUCAUCUCUCACCAAGCUGUCAUGCGCUGCCUCCUGGCCUACUUCUUAGAUAAAGGCGCAGAUGAGUUACCAUACUUGAGGUGUCCUCUCCAUACCAUCUUCAAACUUACUCCUGUGGCCUAUGGUUGCAAAGUGGAAACAAUUAAACUCAAUGUGGAGGCUGUGGACACACAUCGUGAAAAGCCAACUCACAACUUCCCCAAGAGCCAAACCCCUGUAAGGAUGAGAAGGAACAGCUUUACGCCUCUGUCCAGUUCGAACACAAUAAGGCGUCCAAGAAAUUACAGUGUUGGGAGCCGGCCCCUCAAGCCCCUCAGCCCUCUCCGUGCCCUGGACACGCAAGAAGGGGCGGACCAGCCGAAGAGCCACGUCAGCAUUCCGGUGGUGUAAUUGUGUGUUUCCCUCCAGCUUUGGCCUCUUGCCCUUGCCACUAAUCAACCAAGAAGUCAUUUAACUUUACCCCGCUCCUGUCCCAACAUUAAUCUGAACAUGGAAUAUGAGCUCAUGCGUGUGCAGAGCAGCCUCAGCCAUUCUCUAGUGUAAACACCUCAGCCGGGGGCAAGAUGGCAAGUUGGGUCUUUUUAGGGCGGCUUCCCAGAUGGGAUGGUCUGGAGGGAGAGGAGCCAAGCCUGAGUCAUGGACUUGGUUCUUCUGUUUUCUCCUGUCUGAUCCGCUAAUGUCUCUGUGAAGCGUGUG